GCUGGGAACUUCUCCCAGCAGAGGUCAAACGGGCUCCCUCGUCCCUCUGCGCGGCUGCCGCAGCAGCGGUGGGAUUGUUAUUAAGCAACUUUCCCAGUAUUAUUCUUUGGGGGAGGGGAGAGGCAGAGCCGGGGGAGGACUCGGUUUAAGUUUAUGGGAUUUAAUAGAUGGCUAUAAAUGGGGUUGCUGGAACUUUAAAAGGCAGCAAGCUGUGGUUGGCUGGUAGCUAGAUUUGGAGUAACAUAUGGCAUUAAAAGGAGCACAGCUGGAGGUAGCAUUUCCAUCGCAGUGAAGUCAGAGCAGCUGACUCUCCAGCUUGCAGUGUAAUUAGCAAACCGAGCACUCCCUCCCUCACUCGCAUACUCUCCUCUCUCGCACACGCACUCACCCGCCUGCUAGUCUUCCUCUGCUGCCGAGCCGCACCAUCGCCGCCUUCGCCCGGGGUGCCCUCUCCCACCGCAAACUUGGGCGCCUCCAGGAGGGGCGUGUUUUCCCAUGCACCCCUCAAUCCCUGCGUGGCAGCCGGGUAAGGUGAGCCCCCUGCUUGGAUCUCCCUGCUUGGAGCUGUUGCCGCAGGUAGUUGGACUUGUAGCCUCACCGCAUCUCUCUCGAAUGGUUAUGAAGGAAGAAUGGAGUUUCCAGACCAUAGCCGCCAGUUGCUGCAGUGUCUGAGUCAGCAGCGUCACCAGGGCUUCCUGUGUGACUGUACUGUUUUAGUUGGAGAAGCUCAGUUCAGAGCCCACAGAGCUGUUCUUGCUUCUUGCAGCAUGUACUUCCAUCUUUUCUACAGGGACCAGUUAGACAAAAGGGAUAUUGUGCAUCUGAACAGUGAUAUUGUCACAGCCCCAGCCUUCAGUCUGCUGCUUGAAUUCAUGUAUGAAGGAAAGCUGGAGUUUAACAGUCUUCCAGUUGAAGAUGUGCUCGCUGCAGCGAGCUACCUUCACAUGUAUGACAUUGUGAAAGUCUGCAAGGGCAAGUUGAAAGAUAAAGAAUUGUGUUUGGAAGAAAAGAUGAAUGAUGAUGUGGCUAAUUUGGAAAAAGAUGAGCAUUUUUUAGACACGGGAGUGCCCCUGGUACACGAGUUCGACCCGGGACACAAACAAAAAUUCAGUGUCACAGAAUAUGAUAGAGCAACGAAUAAAGAUAGGGUCAGUGGUCACCCUGGCUGGUCCUCUGAUCUUAUAUGUGUCAGCUCUGUGUCUGCAGAGGCAGAAUCGUGUACCAUAGCAGCUGGAAAAACAAAAGCUAAUGUCAAUAGUUCUGCAGGAUCUUUGUCCCAAAGGUCUGUUAACCAUACCCCGGCUUCAAGUGAUGUGGACUGUGCUCUGGAUUUGUCUUUCAAGCCUGUGUCUGGGAGAGAUUCCUUACACCCCUCCUACGUCUUUGGACAGCUGGCUUCCGACAGCCAGCAGCAGGGUACUGAGCCACUUGUUAAAGAUGAACAAGACUUGCUGUCAGAUCAGGAGGACAGUGAAGCAAGGAGUCCAGAGAGUCAGCAUUUUGGGAAUUCAGCCAAAAGCCUAGUGACAGGGUUAGGACACAUGUUCACAGGAAACGGCAGUUCUCACGCAAGAGAAGAUGAUAUAGAUCAAGAUAGAGAUGAGAGUGAAGAUGACAUGGAUUCAUCAGAUAUCUCCUCCUCUGGUGUACUUGUGCCUCCUGGGCAUAUCUGCAUUUGCCCCCUUUGUAGCAAAGUUUUUCCAAGCCCACACAUCCUGCAGCUACACCUGAGCUCUCACUUCAGAGAUAAAGAUGGCUCAAGGACCAGGUUGUCUCCUGAUGGUUCGGUGCCCACCUGUACGCUUUGUGGGAAGACUUUUUCUUGCAUGUACACCUUAAAGAGACAUGAAAGGACUCACUCGGGCGAAAAGCCUUAUACCUGUGCCCAGUGUGGAAAGAGCUUCCAGUAUUCCCACAAUCUCAGCCGUCACGCAGUAGUGCAUACCAGAGAGAAACCCCAUGGUUGCAAAUGGUGUGAAAGACGAUUUACACAAUCCGGUGACUUAUACAGACACAUCCGUAAAUUUCAUUGUGGCCUCCUAAAGUCCUUGGUGGUUUGAGACAAGCUUUUUUUUUUUUUUUUUUUUUAAUGGAUGUUACUAAUGUGUGGGGGUUUUUUUUUAAGGCAGCAUGUGAUUUUCUUUUUUUACUGAUCUUCACAUCAGUUAACAAUGUUGAAAGAUGCUAAGUGUACACUUCAGUGGCCUUUUUGCCACGGCCGCUUUUUUUCCCCCCUGUCCCUCCCCUUUCCCCCCCGUUGUCUGUUGUGCACCCAUGUUACAUUAUUUCCAAGUUAGUAGAGUGAAAAUGAUUUAAGAUUCAAUGAUUUGGCUUCGAUUUUUUUCAUGCUGGAAGUACUUGCUUUGUGUUCGCCCCCCCCCCAGUUUAAAAAAAGAUUGAUAACAGAAUCUGAGAAAUACUCCAAGAUUUACUUAAGUCCCCUAAAUGCUAUCUGUGUAUUUCAUGACAACCUAAGAGUUGAACUAUAGCUUCUUCUUUUGAUGUGGAUGAGGGAAUCUGCUCACUUAACUCCAUGUGUCUCAAGAUGAGACCUACAGCCUUUUCAAGAAGUAGGCUUAAAUUGGCCCAGUUUUUUAAAGAGGUUUGAGAAUUCCUUGACUUGUACUUACAUAUCUGGUACAGUUUGGCUUUUGAUUCUUACUACUGUAUCAGAGUAGUUUUGCAAUCAAUCCUAAAAUCGGAAUGAAAAGUCUUGCAUACAGACUUGGCAUACUCAGAAGGAAAGUUUUAAAUUUCUUUCUCCCCUUCCCUCCUCCAAGGACUAUUAUUUGUUGAAUAGCACUGAGCUGCUUUUGAAUUUUAAAAACUGGGUAGAAACAUGUUUCUAUCUGCGCUAUAUUCACUCCUUAGCUGUUGAAGGAUAAGCACUAGAGUAAACAUGUAAACUCAUGGGAUAUAUGAACACAUCUCCAUCCCUGUCUGGACAAACAAACACAGGGACCAAUCCUGCUACUGCCGGGGAAACGUUACUUCAGUGAGUAAACUCAUAGAGGGUGCAAGAUUGGGUCUGUAAUACGUGCCAUAACCUUGCUCAGACAUUUGGGAAUGGAUAAAAAUAUACAACAACUGCAGGGUCUGGUGAAGGAAAUGCAGUGGCUGAGUAGCUAGUUAGGAACUGAUGACCAGUAUUCUUAAGAGGAAAUUGGUCAGUGUAGUAAUAUGUGACAGUCAAUCUUUUUGUUUUAAAACAGGGAUUUCUGACUUGUUCAGGAUACCUGUAGCAUCUUCUGGUACAUUUUAGUAAAAUUACAUUUUUUUGAAAUGACCGGUAUUAAAGAUCAGUAGCUUGGAGAUAUAUAUAUUUUUAUGGCUUGUAUAUUGUUAAAGUUGGCAACUGCCCUGGGCCAAGUUCUGUGGAAUUCAUCUGAUUUCUUGGGUAGCACAAAUGCAAGCCAGCGGAGGGACUUGGCCCUGCUAGUUUUGCACCAGCCAAACGAAAUACUAACUUUCCCAUUGUUUCCUAAAAUUUAGACCAUCUGUAAUUAUAACAGGUUACUGAAUUCCAAAUACAGUAGUUCAGUUAUCUGCCUAAGAGAACACCCUUUGGUCUGUGCAUGUCAGUGAAUACCAGAUUAUGCCUCUCCAGUUAAAGCAUCCGUUCAAGGCACACACACAUACAGAACUGAAUUCUUAUGACAUCUGUGCUUUUGAAUUUCAUUUUUUCUGAACUGAAUCUUUUUUUUUCUUUUUAAUUAAGAGAAAAAGUUUAUUUUGUCAAGUUUACUGACACUCCUGGAAUGGUUUCUUGAAGUUCAAUCAUUUAUUUUUAAAAGAAUUUGAAGCACUGAAGUGGAUUCUUCUAAAUAGUGUACUUCAGAAUAUCGGAUUUCAUCCCAAAAGAAGGAAUUGUCCAGCAUUUCCCUUUACAUGUAUUAAGUAAGCACUACUACCUAUGUGGUUUCAACAGUGUAAUUGUGAUAUUGAUCUAUUGUGAAAGUACUUUAAAAAAAAAAAAAACAAAAAAAACCCAG